AUGAUAACACAGUUGAGCUUUCGAUCGAGUGGUUAUUAUUUUAAUGUUCUGAAACAAUCGGAUGGCUGAUUCAUAUUUCCUACAACUUGUAACUUGUAAUUAUAUAAUAUGAAUCGAGUUUUCAGUAAUAUUGAUGAAUUCCGAUUGGUUUUAUUCUUUGGCAAAUGUAUAUUUAUCAUAUUCUGUGCGUGUCGAAUAUCGGAUGGAGAAAAUUUACAUCAUGGGCUUCAAAUGUCCUCUAAAUAAUUGCGGUUUGUUCUGAACGAUAAGAAUGAACAUUUUACUAAUGACAAGGAGAGGUGAAAAUGGCCGAAGACGAUGGAAACAUGGAAGAGAAUAACGCCGGUGACAUGAAUACCAAAUUUGGGCUGCGAUUGCGUGGGCGUAAAGGAGCGUUGAAAAAGAAGAACGUCUAUAACGUCAAAGAUCACAAAUUUAUACCGAGGUUCUUCAAGCAACCGACUUUCUGUAGUCACUGCAAGGACUUCAUUUGGGGUUUUGGAAAACAAGGAUUUCAAUGUCAAGUAUGCAGUUUUGUGGUACACAAACGUUGUCAUGAAUUUGUUUCCUUUACAUGUCCCGGAGCUGACAAAGGACCUGAUUCUGAUGCCGAAACGGCGAAACAUCAAUGGGAUCUUCAUACGUAUAUCACACCUUCUUUUUGCGACCAUUGUGGAUCUAUGUUGCACGGCAUUACCCAUCAGGGUCUCAAGUGUACAGCAUGUGACAUGAAUGUUCACAAGAGAUGUCAAGUGAGCGUUCCAAAUUUAUGCGGUUGUGAUCACACAGAACGACGAGGACGAAUAGAAGUAAAAGUUACGUGCCAUGGAACGAAACUCAUCGUAGAAAUUCGUCAAGGAAAAAAUCUCAUUCCUAUGGAUCCCAAUGGGUCUUCGGACCCUUAUGUUAAGUUGAAACUUAUACCAGAUACGGAUAAUAUUAAGAAGAAAACAAAGACAAUCAAAUCAUCGUUGAAUCCUGUGUGGAAUGAGACUAUUACGUUUGAGCUGAAGCCUGAAGAUAAAGAUCGCAGACUAUUGAUUGAGGUAUGGGAUUGGGAUAGGACAUCUAGAAAUGAUUUUAUGGGAUCUUUGUCAUUUGGAAUAUCGGAAUUGAUCAAGUCACCAGUUGAAGGAUGGUUUAAGCUAUUGACUCAAGAAGAAGGUGAAUUUUAUAAUGUGCCUGUGCCCGAAGAAGGUGCCGAUUUGGCUGCAUUGAAAAAUCAAAUGCGGGGCUCAAAAACUCAAAGUCGAAAUUCGAAAACUUCAAUAACUAGACGACCAAUGGUACCUGACAAAGAUGUACCUCACAAUAUGGGGAAAAAAGAUGUUAUUCGUGCGUCUGAUUUCAACUUUUUACAAGUACUCGGCAAAGGAAGUUUCGGAAAAGUAAUGUUGGCUGAACGUAAAGGUACUGACGAGUUGUACGCUAUCAAAAUUUUGAAAAAAGAUAUAAUUAUUCAAGAUGAUGAUGUCGAAUGUACGAUGGUGGAAAAACGAGUACUAGCCUUAUCUAGUAAACCACCGUUUUUAGUUCAACUUCAUUCUUGUUUCCAAACUAUGGAUCGUUUAUAUUUUGUGAUGGAGUAUAUAAAUGGCGGAGAUUUAAUGUUUCAAAUUCAACAAUGUGGGAAAUUUAAGGAACCAGUUGCCGUAUUUUAUUCUGCAGAAAUAGCAAUUGGACUUUUUUAUUUGCAUCUCAGUGGUAUAAUUUACAGAGACUUGAAAUUGGAUAACGUGCUAUUGGAUCAAGACGGUCACAUAAAAAUCGCUGAUUUCGGUAUGUGCAAAGAAGGUAUAAUGGGUGAUAAGACUACAAAAACAUUCUGUGGGACACCGGAUUAUAUUGCUCCAGAGAUCAUUUUAUAUCAACCUUACGGCAAGUCCGUUGAUUGGUGGGCUUAUGGCGUUCUUUUGUAUGAAAUGUUAGUCGGACAGCCACCGUUUGACGGAGAAGACGAGGAAGAACUUUUUGCGGCCAUUACCGAUCACAGCGUUAGUUAUCCUAAAGGAAUGUCUAAAGAAGCUAAAGAAAUAUGCAAAGGGUUUUUGACUAAAAACCCGAUGAAAAGAUUGGGAGGAGGUCCCAGGGGUGAAGAAGAUAUUCGAGGUCAUGUUUUUUUCAGGCGCAUUGACUGGGCGAAAAUUGAAAAUCGUGAAGUACAACCACCGUUUAAACCAAAAAUCAAACAUCGUAAGGACGUCAGCAAUUUCGAUAAGCAGUUCACUGGUGAAAAAACUGACCUGACUCCUACUGAUAAACUGUUCAUGAUGAAUCUAGACCAAACAGAAUUUAUGGGCUUCUCAUUUCUUAAUCCAGAGUUUAUUCAACAUGUAUAA